AUGGGUAACGAGGAGUCUACUCCAAAGCGACGAGAAACUUCAAACAUUUAUCAACUUUUAACAUCGUUAACUCCAGCUCCAACUCCUCCACGAACGACGGCAGCCAAAAAUGUAACGAUAAACCUUAGUUGCACAGAACCAGAUGGGGAUUCCUUACUCAGACAUCUACGAAUUUGCGAUGAACACUUCCAAAUGAGACAUGGAAGAGGCUAUCAUGAAGUCUCCGCCCAAGAGUUACAUCAAGCGAUUCUCAAGGAAUCUCUAUGCUCACAUUGCCUUGUUGAGCACUCAAAUUGCGGACAAAAGACUGAUCUCUUAGCGUUGGCUAAACUAUACAAAUCCUUACUAUUGCCAGUGUAUUGUGCAAAAAUCGUGAACAGAAUGGAUAAUAUUGUUGCACGUGAUACAUACAAGCGACUGGUUGAAAAGUUGAAAUGGUUGGUAGACACCGAUUUGGAAUCGCGCGAUGUCGAUCGACAUUUUAAUGAACUUGAGCUAUCAAUCAACAAACUCCAGAUGUCUUUGCUAUGUUUUGAGCAAGGGUUAAUUCGAAUGAUUAAAGAGAUGAACGAAAUUUCUGAAACGACAAUGGUAUUCGAAGAAAUGAAACGAGCUCUUAUUCUGUUUUCUUUUGCAAUUCUUGGGUUGGCUUUAAAGCAACGAGCAACCAGUGACCCGUGCGCUAUGUGUGAAUAUGUUGUUAAUCAAGCACAAUCACACUAUCGGAGAGGUGAAAGCAAGAAUGGCGUCGAGCGGGAGUUGAUGACAGAUUGUGCAUCAUUGAGACGAAUUUACGGCGAGCAAGCUGUUCGAGAUUGUGAGGGAUGGAUUCGAAAAAACAUUGACAUCAUCUAUAAAGAUAUGCAAAAUGGAAAAUCAACCUAUCAAAUCUGUCACGAUAUGGGCGAAUGUGUGACAACGGUGGUAAUGACUACUACAACCACAGUGAAAACGACAACAACUCCCACAACAACUACAACAACUCCCACAACAACUACAACGACAACUACCGUAACUACAACCACAAAAGCUCCAACUACUACUCCGUUAGACUUUUGUCCGACUUGUAUUCAACUUAUUGAUGCAGCACACAAACACUUUGGCACAAAAGUCUAUGAUCAAACAACUCUGCAAGCACAGCUACUCAAUGAAUGUCAAACCCUUGAUCAGACACUCAUUCAAAGAUGUAAUAACGACAUCAAUCAAUAUAUUAGCACAAUUUUUUCAGAUAUGAAAAGUGGCAAAACCUCUACUCAAGUGUGUACUGAUAUAAAAGAGUGCUUU